AUGAUGAAACGUUCAAUGCUGGGAGUAUUGAGAGCUAAUCAGAAUAUAUUAAGAAGAAGCAUACCAAAUUUUGUUAGACCGCAAUUAUGCCGCCAACUCCCUAUGGGAAAUUUGGCAUGGAAUCGUCCAUUUAGCAUUACAACCUCGAGGUGUAAUGAAACUAGCCCCCAUAAACCACUGAGUAGGGUCCCCAUUGGAGGGAAAGAGGAUGCAAAAAAUGGGAAGUUCAAGGAAUCCACAGUGGAAUUUUCUGCGGGGAAGGCUAUUGUACUAUUUUUCUUGGUAGGAGGUGCAUUAUAUUUCUUCUUUGAAAAAGAGAAGAGAAAGAUGGAAACUCAAAAGGAAGCUGAAGCUAAUAGAGGUUAUGGUAAGCCUUUGAUUGGCGGUGAAUUUGUCUUGUAUGAUGCUGACGGCAAUGAAUUCACCGAAAAGAAUUUAUUAGGUAAAUUCUCCAUCAUUUAUUUCGGAUUCAGUCAUUGUCCUGAUAUUUGUCCUGAUGAGUUAGAUAAAUUAGGUAUUUGGCUUGAUAAAUUGGAAGCCAAAAAUAUCAAAAUACAGCCAAUUUUCAUUACUUGUGAUCCCGCUAGAGAUAGUCCUGAAGUGUUGAAGGAAUACUUAAGUGAUUUCCAUGAUGGAAUCAUUGGAUUGAGUGGAAGUUAUGAUCAAGUAAAACAUUGUUGUAAGAAAUACAGAGUCUACUUUUCGACACCACCUUCUGUGAAACCUGGUCAAGAUUAUUUAGUGGAUCAUUCUAUUUUCUUUUAUUUAAUGGAUCCCGAGGGACAAUUUGUGGAAGCAUUAGGUCAAAAUUAUGAUGAGGAAGUGGGAGCUCAGAAGAUUGAAGAUCAUGUUAAAAGUUACAUUCCUUUGGAAGAGCGUGAAAAGUUGAAUAAUCCAAGUUCCUGGUACUCCUUCCUAUUUAAAUGA